UAAUAGGUAAAUGACAAAUGACAAAAUGCCACAGUUAAACAUUAAAUAGUGACGCAGGUGAUCCGUGACAGGUUGAAAGUAUAUAAGGUCAAGACUGACCAACAAAAAACAAUUGUCGUUCUAAGUCUUCUAGGAACACCAUCAAGAAGAAGAUAUUCAGAAACAUUAGGAUCCAACAGUAAACCAUGAUUUCUCAACAUUUAAUUCUAGGACUGGUUGUGCUGACCUUAACUAACACAGAUUAUACAUCAGGGCAAUAUACAUAUAAGUCUAAUGUACCUUCCAGCAACACAGUUUAUGUUCCGUCCUCAAGCAGUCAAUAUGUGCCUAGCAAAGUUAACCAGUACUCUCCAAGCACAGUAAGCCAAUAUGUACCAAUCUCAAACAGUCAAUAUGUAGCGCCAAGCAAGGAUCAGUAUGCUGCUCCAAGCUCUAAUCCGUACUAUGAACCAAGCAACAAUCAGUAUGUAGCUCCAAGCAAAGAUCAGUAUGUUGUUCCAAGCAAAGACCAGUAUCUUGUUCCAAGUAAGGACCAGUAUGUUGCUCCAAGCAAAGAUCAGUAUGUUGCUCCAAGCUCUAACCAGUACAAUGCACCAAGCAAGGAUCAAUACGUCGUCCCAAACAAGGUCCAAUAUAUUGUUCCAAGCAAAGACCAGUAUGUUGCUCCAAGCAAGGACCAGUAUGCUGCUUCAAGCAAGGACAAGUAUGUUGCUCCAAGUAAAGAUCAGUAUGUUGCUCCAAGCAAAGAUCUGUAUGUAGCUCCAAGCACUAAUCCGUACUAUGAACCAAAUAACAAUCAGUAUAUUGCUCCAAGUAAAGAUCAGUAUGUUGCCCCAAGCAAAGAUCAGUAUGGUGUUCCAAGCAAAGAUCAGUAUGUUGCUCCAAGCAAGGACCAGUAUGUUGCUCCAAGCAAGGAUCAGUAUGUUGCUCCAAGCAAGGACCGGUAUAUUGCUCCAAGUAAAGAUCAGUAUGUUGCCCCAAGCAAAGAUCAGUAUGGUGUUCCAAGCAAAGAUCAGUAUGUUGCUCCAAGCAAGGACCAGUAUGCUGCACCAAGCAAAGAUCAGUAUAUUGCUCCAAGUAAAGAUCAGUAUGUUGCCCCAAGCAAAGAUCAGUAUGGUGUUCCAAGCAAAGAUCAGUAUGUUGCUCCAAGCAAGGACCAGUAUGUUGCUCCAAGCAAGGAUCAGUAUGUUGCUCCAAGCAAGGACCAGUAUAUUGCUCCAAGUAAAGAUCAGUAUGUUGCCCCAAGCAAAGAUCAGUAUGGUGUUCCAAGCAAAGAUCAGUAUGUUGCUCCAAGCAAGGACCAGUAUGCUGCACCAAGCAAAGAUCAGUAUAUUGCUCCAAGUAAAGAUCAGUAUGUUGCCCCAAGCAAAGAUCAGUAUGGUGUUCCAAGCAAAGAUCAGUAUGUUGCUCCAAGCAAGGACCAGUAUGUUGCUCCAAGCUCUAACCAGUACAAUACACCAAGCAAGGACCAAUAUGUUCUCCCAAGCAAAAUCCAAUAUGUUGCUCCAAGUAAAGGUCAGUAUGUUGCUCCAAGCAAAGAUCAGUAUGCUGCACCAAGCAAGGACCAGUAUGUUGCUCCAAGCAAGGACCAGUAUGUUGCUCCAAGCAAAGAUCUAUAUGUUGCUUCAAGUAAAGAUCAGUACGUUGCUUCAAGCUCUAACCAGUACAAUGCACCAAGCAAGGACCAAUAUGUUAUCCCAAACAAAAUCCAAUACGUUGCUCCAAGCAAAAAUCAGUAUGUUGCUCCAAGUAAAGGUCAGUAUGUUGCUCCAAGUAAAGGUCAGUAUGCUGCACCAAGCACUAAUCCGUACUACGAACCUAAUAACAAUCAAUAUGUUGCUCCAAGCAAAGACCAAUAUGUAUCUCCAAGCAAUAAUCAAUAUGUUGCUCCAAGCAAAGACCAGUAUGUUGCUCCAAGCAAAGACCAGUAUGUUGCUCCAAGCAAAGACCAAUAUGUCUCUCCAAGCAAUAAUCAAUAUGUUGCUCCAAGCAAAGACCAGUAUGUUGCUCCAAGCAAAGACCAAUAUGUAUCUCCAAGCAAUAAUCAAUAUGUUGCUCCAAGCAAAGACCAGUAUGUUGCUCCAAGCAAAGACCAAUAUGUUGCUCCAAGCAAAGACCAAUAUGUCGCUCCAAGCAAUAACCAAUAUGUUGCACCAAGCAAGAACACUUACUAUGUGCCUAGUUUUGUUCAAUCUGCUGUUCCCAGCAACACUCAGUACUUUAUAGCAAGCAACAGUCAGUACGUAGCACCAAGCAGCAAUCAAUACGUAGCACCAAGCAGCAAUCAGUACGUAGCACCAAGCAGCAAUCAAUAUGUAGCACCAAGCAGCAAUCAAUAUGUAGCACCAAGCAGCAAUCAAUAUGUAGCACCAAGCAGCAAUCAAUAUGUAGCACCAAGCAGCAAUCAAUAUGUAGCACCAAGCAGCAAUCAAUAUGUAGCACCAAGCAGCAAUCAAUAUGUAGCACCAAGCAGCAAUCAAUAUGUAGCACCAAGCAGCAAUCAAUAUGUAGCACCAAGCAGCAAUCAAUAUGUAGCACCAAGCAGCAAUCAGUAUGUAGCACCAAGCAGCAAUCAAUAUGUAGCACAAAGCAACCAGUACGUAGCACCAAGCAACAACCAAUAUGUUGCCCCAAUUACUAAACCAUAUGUAGCAGCAACAACCGCUAAGCCUUAUGCAGUACCAAGCAAACAAAGCGGCUAUUAAUUAUUAUAGUAAGAUAAACUACUGAAGAUACACAACCACUAACAAAAAAAAGAACAAAAUAGAACGACUUACGACCCAAUACAAUUUCAAAAGAACUAAAAGAAAAAUAAAUAUUCAAGAACGAAACUACUCCAAAUAAAAACGCAAUGAAAACA